AGCUCCUCACUCCCGAGGCCGGGUAACCGCGGCGGAGGCGCCCGGACGGCGGGACCAUGGUGAAGGAGGAGUGCAAGGCGUUGCUGGACGCGCUCAGCAGGGUGACCGCCUGCUAUCGGCACAUGGUGCUGACCAUCGGCGGCACCUCGGACUCGCAGAACCUGCGCGAGGAGUUGAAGAAGACCCGGCAGAAAGCCCAGGAGCUGGCGGUGGCCAACAGGAACAAGCUGACCACGGUGCUGAGGGACAAAACCGUGAGUAAGGAGGACAAAGCCGAGUUCGAGAGACUAUGGGUGAUUUUCUCCACUUGCCUAGAGAUCCUGGAGAUCGACAUGAGGAGAGCACUGGAGCUGGGGCACGAAUUCCCGCUGAACGUCCCCAAAAAGCACCUGAUCCAGACGGGCAUGAGCGGGGGCACCUCCGGCGUGGCUGCCCGGGCCAUGAGCGUCCAGAACAUGAAGUACGAGGCUGAGCACAACAUAGAUGUGGUGGAUCUGAAGGACCUAGAGAACGAAAUCAACCAGGUAGGGGAAAUGAUGUACGAGAUGGAAAUGAAGGUCAAUGUCCCCCAGUGGACAGUAGAGGCUAAGCAAGACCCUGGGGCUGAACUCAAAUCCACCAUCAGCGUGGGCGCUUCUUCCAUUGGCAUGAUCUCUGUGGAGGAAAAUAAAUCCUUCUGCGAUAUCAGCAAAGUUCUGGCUGGGAUUAUUUUCUCUGCUGUUCUCAUUAUUGCUAUCGUGCUGGCAGUGUGUGUGGUAAAACUCUCAUAAACUGUGCUGGCACUGGAGAGCUCUCACAGGGCCUCCCGAAAGUGCUUCGCGUCUCUUGUUACUUGGGUGCACUGAGAAUCUAAACCUAGCACUUGGAAACGAAAAACUUUUGCCUCUCUAAAUCCUGAAAUGCACAGUUCCUUUCAUGCUUUUUGAAGAAAAAGAUGCAAAUCAGCCUGCAAACUAGGAUGUAUUCAUUAGCUGGACUUGUAAGGGUUAACUGUGAAGUAUUGAGGGUAUUAUCACUACUGGCUAUAACAGCGAUUUGUCUGCUAUUAAUAGAUCAUCACUCUCAGAUGCCUGCAUUUUUUGUUCUUGAACAGGCUCUGCAGUUUGCUGCUGCUCACUGUUUACAAUAUUUCUGACUGACACGAAUUUGGAGGCCAACACAGGUGUUUCGCAUGACAGUGAAUAGAAUAGAUUGAGAAUUUUUUCAGCAAUAUGCAAGAUAUUAUUUCAGUGGAGGAAAAAGGGAAGAAUGGACGCACCAAUAAGGGAAUGUAAAUGUCUAUUUCAACAAAGGUUAAUGAUCAGGGAAAGGGGAAGUGUGGAGGAGAACAAAGAAAACUAGCAAUAUUCAGCAAGUACAGUUUGUAGCUUUAGACUGGGUUGCAUAGAAGCCAGCGACCAGGGUUGGCACAGCACAUAUUGAUGGCUUUCCACAUGCUGAGAGAGAAAAGGGAGAGCUGCAUAGUCAGAAAAAUGCUAGCAAGCCCUGUGGUUUUCUUCCACGUUAACCAUGAUCUUGUCUCCCCCUGCAGAAAGGCUGAUUCUUGUCACUGGUUCAGAUUCUUUCUGUAGAUGCAAUCUGUCUGAACUUCUCAAUUAACUGUGAGAUGAGGAGCAGUGAAUCCACCUACAACAGAUGCAAUAAUUUUUGACAAUAGUUUGGCAAACAGCACUGAUGCAUUGUGAAAGCAGACCUUUCUAGUCAUCUUGAAAGAGAUCCUCUCUCAUGUUGACAGGCAGAGACUUUGGCCUCUUGACAUACAAACUCCUGAGGUCUUUGCAGAAAUCCAGAUAAAGCUAAAAAAAAUCUGUUUCAUCUCUCAUUCAUUUCUGAGAAAUCAUCUGGGAAAGAGGAAGUCUGUGGUACUGGACACAUAUCUGGUCCAAUUGGAUACCCUGCAGUUUGGGAGGAUAAAAGCAAGAGCAGCAGAAAACUUUCCCAGCAUUUACUUAAAAAUUGCCUGUUUAAAUGUAGAACUGAGGGGACAUUAACUUUGCAGAGAAGCACUGUUAUGUCUUGUAAAAGGACUCACGUGUUAAUGUUCUUCAUUAUGUAGCUUAUGGAGAUUUUUCUGUUCAUGUAAAUACACGCCAUUCAUUCAAGAAUGCUUAGUGCAGACAUUAUAGUGCAUAUGAGACACUCCACAGGGAGUUACAGAGACCUGAUCACAUGGGGGUUUUAAUACAUAAUUAGUCUGCCACACCAAUUACUAUGGACACAUUAUCAAAAGGUAAUAAUCAGAUACGUCUGGUGAAGUUACUAGAAAAUAAUCUUUGUGAACAGAAGUACGUUACCAACAUAUUUGAACAGGUGAUAACUUUCUGAGUUGAGGACAAAACUUCUGAGAACAGCAGCAGGUAACUUUUUAAUAUGUAAUAAAACCAGAUUUGGGUAAAAAAAAGUGUGUAACAAAUUGAAUCUAGCGAGGAAAAAAAAUGCCAAGUGAAGGCUUGAACUGUGUUAUGCACACUGAUCCAGUCUAGACAUGGUUCACACAGGAAUUAAUGUAUAAGACUCUACAUUCCUUUCUACGGUGUUUCACUCGUUCCAUAGGAUGUGUUUUGUACACAGGUAACUUAGGUGUGUAUAGAUCCCCAGCAGCGCUCUUAAACAGUCAGGCCUGUUUUAAUUGGUGCUACUGCUUCAGUCUGUCUAGGCACACAUGAUAUGUAAUAGCUGUGUUUUGAUUUAAAUGUGAAGAACUCUUUCACAAUAAUACUGAGCAAACACAUUUAUGGAAAAUACAGCAAAAGCUGCAGGAGAAUGUACUGUUAAGGAUGGCCACCACUAGUCACUAAGGGUUUGUGGGUGUUUUCACUCACUGCAGUCUCCUUUACUUAGUUCCCAUGAAGGUGCAUCAGAAGUUGAACUUUUUUCUUCACUUCUUGAAAAAGUCAUAUCAGAUAAUUUCAACUCAUGUUCUGAAAACCCCAGUAAUGCAAGCCAGAUUUCUGCUGGAUAAAAAACAUGGUAAUAUAACAUCUACUGCAUUCAUUAUUUUGUAUUUUGUUAUACUAAAUGGAUGUAAUGUUUAGCAACAGUUGUUUGUAUAGAGGGAUUUUUAAGGCUUAUCUUCAAAAGCAAGCCACAGUGAGUUCAUGAGCUGGAAAUUUUCAGUCCAUUACUUUUUUUUUGUUUUAUUUUCAAUAAUACAGGACCUGCAAACUUGGUAAUUAUGUAAGUCUUACUCCAUUUGAAUGUGCACACAGUUAGUAAAGGACUGAACUUUGAAAAAAUAAUGUCUUUUCAAAUCUUAAGACAAAGGUGGCUGCAGAUUUAUCCACUGUUUAUUUGUUCUAUAUUUUCUUAUAGAUGAAAUCAAAAGAUGAAGUAGAAUUCUAAGAGGAUUGUUACAGUCUCUUCUAAAUGGAUAGUGUUCCUGUUAUUAAUCUCCCGUUAAGAAAAGCACACUUGAUACAAGGGUAUGCACAAUGUGACAGAGUUCAGGAGCAUGAGUAUGCAAAUCAAAACAAUAUGGAACACCACUGGCCAGAAGUAUUGAUGUUUUUUUUAAAUUUAGAAAUAAGUGUGCUAGAUUCACAGACUUUUUCCCACUGGAGUGUGAGUGGAAGGAAAAUGGAAAAACUAUUUUUGUAAAUAAAAAAGUCAAGUUUCAAAUAUUCUGAAUUUAGCAUGACAAGAAUACAAAUACUCUGCUGCUGACCAGUGAAUGAGAAUGUCACUGUGUUUUCACUGUUUAAUUUGAAUCUUGUUCUACGUCAGUUUUUUUGUCCUUAUUCAUAGGACACACACUAAAUUUGCUGUAUACUGAAAUCUUAUUGCUGACUUGAAUUAUAUUGUUUUUGCCUGUGCAUGAGUGGUAUUUUCUACACUUGAAUGAAAUGUUAUUGUCACUGUUUAUUUAACUUCAAAUAAAGUAUGUUCUUGUAACUUAA